UGUUUCAUCAUUAGCAUUAGCUGUGUUUAAUAACUGCAGUGUGUGUUCAGGUUAUUAAUAUUAACGGUGUAGAUAAUUAUCUAGUCGUCUGAAAGGUUGUUUUUUUUUUGUUUUUGAGGUCUUUGUUUCCGCCGGAAGUAGUGCGUCACUGAGGUGAUGUACUUCCUGGUUUAUGUUUGUGUCAGAGUGCCAGACGGGUUUUGUUUCUCAGCUCCACGGAAUAAAACUCUCCGUGUUUAUCUUUAAACUUUUAUCAUGAUUCACACUUUAAUCUCAGUCUGAUUAAAAGUCACAGCUCGCUCAGUGUGAUAAUGGAGUCUCCUCAGGGGGAUGAUGAUAUCUGUAUCCUGAAGCAUGAGACGGCGUAUGCAGCUGAGAGCCCGGUGGCUGUGUGCUCAGGUGACGAGUCGGUCGCGUCUCAUUUCGCCCUCGUCACCGCCUACGAAGACAUCAAGAAGCGUCUGAGGGACACGGAGAAAGAGAACACACUGCUGCGCAAACGAGUGAAACAGCUGGAGGACAAGUUGUUCAGACCUGAAGCUCCUCCCUCUGAAGGGCCGCAGUAUAUGAACAAAGCGUUCAGUGCAUAUCGGGGAAUCUACAUGGAGAAGCAAGACCUUCAGGCUGAGCUCAAUAAACUGAAGAAGGAGCGAAGCGAGUCGGAGAAGAUUCUAAAUGAACAGCUGCAGGCAAAGGAGCUGGAACUGCUACAGCUCAGAUCAGAGAUGGAAACCAGCCAAGUAAUGAAGAGUCUGAAUGAGACACAGGAUUACUGGCAUGUGAACCGAGAGAGCAGUGAAGUGCAGAUAAACACUCUACAGGAGGAAGUGCAGAGACUCCGACUGGAGAACAACCACUUACACACACUCUGCACCCUCCAACAGGAUGUGUCCGAGAGCUCUGUGAAGAACAAUGAGAUCCAGCAGGGGGCGCCACCAUACUGCAGCAGGCCUGCAGUAAUGAGUGUGUAUGAGGACAUGUGCAGUGAAGUGUACCGUCUUCACACACUGGUGAGAAAUCAGAGUGAACUGAUGAAGAAACUCCGAGACAGACCUGCACUGAAGAGAGCUACUUCAGCUGUUCCUGUUCAGUGUUUGGAUGAUGUGGAGAAAAACCAUUCACCGGUUCGAGCUCUGAUUCCCCGCCCCCCCAGCGCCCCACCCCUCCAUGUGGCCCCACCCCCUGGAACCUCGUACACAGAGAACUGGAAGGAGGUGUGGCCUCUAAGCCGCCCCUCUCCUUUAGGAAGCCCCGCUGGCCCCCCCAUCCCACUUCAGCACGUUGCUUCUUCAUCGGACGAUGGCUCCUGGUCUAUCCCUGCCCACCCUACACUUAACCACCCCUUAUUUUGGGAGGAGCCAAAGUCCAGCAGCCCCGAGUGGUCCAAGCCGAACUGACAGACAGGUGACUCAUCCAAUCACAUCCUGCCUUAAGACCGCCGCCCAGACUGAGAUACCUCACACUGCUCUCCCCUGGGCCUGUACAUACACUUCCAGUGUGUGUGUGUGUGUAUGAGAAUCCUCUAAUUGUGGUUUCAGUGUGUUAAAGUCUAAACUCUCUCUUUCCCGUGUUGUUUUUUUUUAUUCUCAUGACUGUGAAGGAAGGCGUCAGCUCUGUCGGCUCUGUCCCAAUACUGUGUUGAAUGUGCCCUAGUUGACUUCUCCUUGGCCAAAUUAGGGGCUGUUCCAUGUUUAUGUUCAUUAGAUGAGGACUAAGUGAACAUCAGUGAGUAAAUUUACCCAGAAGGCAUUGCUGUCAUCAGAAAUUAGAGUUUUCAAAAUAAUUACUAUAAAAUUUUGUUGCUCAACACGCAGUUUCUACUGAAUUAUUUUAAAAAUGUAAAGCUAGAACGAGUUAACCUCAGACCUAAAGGGUCCAUUGGUAUGUUAGCUAAAUAUUAAUUAGUUAGCUAGCAGGCUAAUAGCUUCUUUAUAAAUGAGGGAUAAAAACUAGUGGAGCAAAUUUACAGAAGAAAAAAGAUUAGAGUUGGGGGUGACUUACUUUUGAACUCCACACGCAAGCUACAGCUCUAAUACAUGUGUGUGUUGUGUGUGAGAGAAAGAGAUGUGAGUCAGUCAGGGUGUGUAAACAAGAAUCGGCGCACAGGGUGAGGGUGUGUGUGUGUGUGUGUGAGAAAUGCAGAAUGUUCUGGAAUGUGUGUGUGUGUAAAAGUGUUCACAGUGACACUCCGAAUGCUGUACAGAACAGUGGAAGUGUUAAUGUGCUAAAUGAAGGACCAGUGUGUGUGUGUGUGUGUGUUACAUUUAAUAAACCAGUUGAUUAGAAACAGAUGUGAUUAGUGUGUUUCUGUAGUGUGUGUGUGUGUCUCAUAGUAUUAUUAUUUUAUUCGUGUGUGUUUCUCGGCGUCUUGCCAAAAUGCAAUGUACAGCUGCUGUGGGUUGUUUUGUAACUCGGCUCUCUGUAAAUAUUAAAGUCUGAUAAACGUCA